AUGGAGAAAGUUUGCAACGAAAUUCUCAAGCAUCUAGCUCCGCUUGAUGCAGAACCAACGAAGGCGACAGUUCAACGCCAGUACUCUACUCUUGAUGUCAACCUACGCAUCCAGGCUCUUCAGAUCAUUUGUUUGCUCAGUUUGGAAACCAAAGCUAUCCGCAAUUACUUGGAGGAAUGCAGCAAUCAGAUGACAGAAUUCCGCAAGGAGAAGAUCGAAUACCAAAAAGCCCGCAAAGUGGCUCUCGAAGAGCUUCGACGAUUGCACCAAGAACGAAAAGCGCUUCAACCUGAGCCGGAGAAAUCGCCUACACCCGCUCCAGAACUGGAAGCGCUGGAAGACUCCAAAAUGACCGGGGUGGAUGGGGAGUCUGACCAAGGUGGGGAUUCUGAUGAGGACGAUGGACCUAAAGAACGAUCGCUACGUGGAGGCCUGGAUAGAGUUCUAGAGCGAAAAAGAAAGCAGGAAGAAGAACGGGAGAGAAAGGAGCAGUUGGCUAAGCAACCGAAGGGGUCCAAGCAGUACCAGCGAGUGCUCAAAAAGAUCGAAGAGCAGAAAGCGAACAUCGCGAAACUUGAGGAAAAGAUUGAAGUGGUCGAUAAUGACUUAAGAGAAGCCGACUGCCCACGGACGAGAUGUCUCGGCAAGGACCGCUUCUGCAACCGGUAUUGGUGGUUUGAACGGAAUGCCAUGCCCUACGGUGGGAUGCCCAAUAGCUCGACAGCAGAGGCUCAGUACGCCAACGGUCGUCUGUGGGUUCAAGGUCCCGACGAAAUGGAGCGGGUGGGCUUCAUCAAUGUGCCUGACGAUCAGAAAAAGCAGUAUCAGAAAGAGUUUGGGAUGACACCAGCGGAUCGCAAGAAAGCUGAGGAAGGCUCCACCCAGGUUUCAAAUGCCCAAGAAUGGGCUUAUUACGACGAACCGGAGGCAGUUGACAAGCUGAUCGACUGGCUGGACUCACGGGGCAACCGGGAAUUGAAACUGCGCAAGGAGCUGCAGCUGCAACGCGACACCAUCGUGAAGUAUAUGACCCGCCGCAAGGAGUACCUGGCGCAAACGGCGGAAAGGGCCGAGUCCGAGGAAAUGCCAACCAAGAGGGUGACCACGAGAACGAAGACGUAUGUGGAAGGCAGUACGCAUCGUUGUUUGAAAUGGCGCAACGCGACGGCCUUGUCAGAGAAUGGGCAUCUCCACGUCGAUGCUUCGCGCCCAUCCAAACGGGCCAAACGAGCCACCGACGAACCCAAGGAAAUCAAGGCGACAAAUCGGCAAGGGAAGCCAUUGACGAGACAGGGGACCAGAUACAAUUUCUAG